AUGAACAUUAUUUUAGUCUAUAUUGUUUCCGCUGUUGCAGCACUCAACUUCAUCAGAGAUUUUGCAAAUGGUUGCGAAAGUCAAAAAUGCAUCGAUGCUAGCAAAGCAUUAACAAAGAAAUGUGAAAAGGAAGAGAGCAACGUGUUGGGAUGUAUUUGCAAGCUCAACGAUGAUGAUUAUUGGAAAAAACUUAGUGAUUGUAUUCAAAGUUGUGAUACCCUGCAAGAUGUUAUUGACACCUCACCAAGUGGUUUGAAGCAGUUGUAUUGUGAUGCCGCUCUGGCUUAUGCUUCAUUGUCUACACUUUUUCCCACAAACAGUUUGGCUUUAAGUGAUUUUCAAGGGGAGGGAUCUUCAGCAAUUGGUGAUGUUGUUAGUACCUUAUCGGCACUUUCUAAAUCCGUCAAGUCGGCUACUGGAACAACCUCUAGUGGAAAGACAAGUGAAACAUCCAUGGACGCGUCAACAAGUUCAGAUAAAACGUCAAGCAAGACAACUUCAAACAUGGCUGCCACAAUGGGCUGCGGAUCUAUUAUCUCUUUGUUUGUUUUAGCUUUGUUGUGA